AGUCGCCUCCUGACGAUGAGGCUAUUUCGGAAUUAUGGGCGAAGAUGAUCGAACAACCGAUACAAGUUUUAGACGAAGAGGGACAGAAGAAAGUGCGAAAUUUCUUCAAUGGUGUCAACCUGAAAGAUUUGUACCUGAAAUAUAACACGCCAAGAAAACAUAAGAUCUUGAUCCAUGGCGACUACAGGCCGAGCAAUCUGUUGCAUAAAGAGCAUAAUGGCCACCUCUUCGUCAUUCCCGUGGACUAUCAGACAGUCCACACUGGAUGCCCGGUCAUAGACCUCAUCUACUUCAUCUCCUUGGCCACGGAUGUGGGCUUCCGAGCUCAUCACUGGGAUCGGCUGCUCGCCCACUACUACGACCAGCUCAGCUUGGCACUGACCAGGUUUAAGAUGGAUCCCACUGAGGUUUACCCCAAGGAAGAGUUCGAUGAAGACUUGAAAGAGAUGUUCCCCUACGCCCUCCUGGUCGGUGUGAUGGUGCUUCCCGUAGUGACAGUGGAGUCUGAGAACGCCCCUCAGAUGUCGGAUGAUACGGACAUAGACGCGUUCGUCUUGAAGCCGAACGAAAUAUUCGCAGACAGGUUCGCGGGACUCGUCAGGGACCUGAUUCAACGGGACAUUAUUUGAAAAAGGGUGACGACAAUAAACAAAAUAAAUAAACGUUGAAUAAAAAAUUAAAAAAAAUAAUAAAAAUAUUGUUGUCUCCUAUUCUUUUUUGUAUUGGUGCCGGGAACCACACGGCACAAAAAAGAAUAGGACCACUCCAUCUCUUUCUCAUAGAUGUAGUUAAAGGCGACUUAGGGAUAGGCUUACAAACUUGGGAUUCUUUUUUAGGCGAUGGGCUAGCAACCUGUCACUAUUUGAAUCUCAA